AUGGGUGUUGAUCAUGUCAACAAGGCAAACUGCAUUGCCAGUGGCCGCGGACGCACAGUUUGCGUGACUAGCGCCAGUGGCUUCAUCGCGUCAUGGCUGGUGAAGCUCCUCCUGGAGAAGGGCUACACCAUCCACGGCACGGUCCGGAACCCUGAUGAUGUCGCCAAGAAUGCGCACCUGAGAGCCCUUGAAGGUGCGGCGGAACGGCUGACCCUCUUCCGGGUGGACCUGCUCGACAAGGAGAGUAUCGCCGCGGCAUUCCGCGGAUGCGAGGGCGUCUUCCACACCGCCUGCCCCAUCACCGAUGACCCGGAGCAAAUGAUCGAGCCGGCGGUGACCGGGACAAGGAAUGUGAUCAAUGCUGCGGCGGACGCGGGCGGCAUCCGGCGUGUGGUGAUGACAUCGUCGAUCGGCGCCGUGUAUAUGGAUCCUAGCCGCAGCCUCGACGAGGAGGCCGACGAGACAUGCUGGAGCGACCUCGAGUUCUGCAAGAACACCAAGUGGAUAUACAAUUGCAAUGGAUGCAGAACGUACUGCUACGCCAAGACGGUUGCGGAGCAGGCAGCGUGGGAGCUCGCCAAGCAGAGAAACCUCGACCUCGUCGUGGUGAACCCGUCUCUGGUGUUGGGCCCUCUUCUGCAGGCGUCGGUGAACGCCAGCACCUGGCAUAUCGUCAAGUACCUAGACGGCUCCGUGCAGACGUACGCUAACGCGGCUCAGGCGUACGCACACGUCCGAGACGUCGCUGACGCGCACGCGCGUGUAUAUGAGGCGCCCGCCGCGAGUGGCCGGUACCUCUGUGCCGGCCGCACGCUGCACCGCGCCGAGGUGUGUCGCAUACUCGCCAAGUUCUUUCCAGAGUACCCCGUUCCCACAAUAUGCAAGGAUGAAACAGGCGAGAUGAAGAAGGGAUGCCGGUUCAGCAGCCGUAGGAUCAGGGAGCUCGGCGUCGGCUUCACGACCGCGAGCCAGUGUCUCUACGAAACUGUCACAAGCCUCCAAGACAAGGGCCUACUACCCUGUUGCGACGCCGAUAUGUCUCCAUGA